GCACUCUCACUUGAAUCAUCUAAAGGUGUUUCCUGCAAUUUCACCCUGGAGGCGUAUGCAUGUGCACAGCUGGAGGACUCAGCGGCCACUCAUCUGGGUCUCUGCUGAAAUGUAAUUUGCCCGGAAACAGCUCGCUACCUCCAGUGUUUUGUGGAAGAUGCUGCUGACGAAACUCUCCCCUGUCCUGGACCCGGCUCUGGACAUGUUGGCCGGCAUGCCAAUGCCCAUGGUUGGUCCGUCGGCCUCGGAGGUGUUGGACGUGCUCGGAGAGAUCCGAGUGUCUCUGCUGACGGACGAGGAGCUGAUGAACAGCAGCGUCAUCAGGAAGUGGUUUUCUCAACGUCUGAGCGCGUUUCUGCCGUUUACAUCCGGCAGAUUCCUACACUGUCUGACCAACAGGAACCUCAGCUGUCACUCAUACCAGCAAAUACUGCAGGUAUUUAUCCACCAUUUUGAUAACAUGACCUCACACCAACAGCAUGUGGUGCUCAAGGACUUCAUCCUGCGCUUCCUGUCACACCCACACUCAGGUCCAGGCUGUGUGUCUGCCUCUAACAGCAGUGCUGAGUGGCUGAUGAAGAAUCUCGGUCCAUUUUCACGGCUUUUAUCCAUCAAACAGCUUCUUCACCUCAACCCACACUUCAACCCUCUGGAGGCUCUGCGGCUCCUGACUCCCUCACAGACCGCUGAGCUGCUGCUGGUGAAUCUCCCCUCUGAUCUCGAUAAAGACGCCAUCAUUAAUGUGAUUUUUGACUUCCUCACUGAGUCUCCCGACGAGAAGAAACUCCAGGAGUUCCUGAUGAACCUCGCCAUGCUCCAUAACCAGGCAAACUUUACCUGUUCAUCGUACAAAACACUGUAUACGAGAAUGGACAUGGCCUUAUCCUCCGUUUCUGUAAAUACAGCGCACACCAUCACAUACAUCAAGAUGGAGUUAUCCAAAUACAUUCCUCCAGAUAGACACUCCCAGCCACACCUGAAAAGAGACGAUGUGGUUGACUCUUAA